AUGGGUCUCAUGAAUGCGGUCAUGAACGGGCGUGCAUUGCUCAUGCUGUUUGCUCUGCCUUUUGCGCUGCAGUCUUCUGGUUGGCAGACGUAUAUGAUGAAUGCGGCAUGGGACGAGCUUGUUGUUGCUUUCAUCUACUUUUAUUGGGUUGAGACCAAAGGGAAGACUCUCGAAGAGGUUGGCUUCCUUUUUGAAGGGGAGAGACCUGCUCAGGCUUCUGAGCUCAAAAAGGAGGGGUGGCUGUCGAAGAAGUUGAGAUUGAGCAUGUUAACUGAUACCGGGUAG